UGAUUUUGCAUUUCCGGGAGAACUAUUUUGUUUACUAACAGUUCUCCUCUCUGUCAGCUCAGGCACACUACUCUGGAUGGCUGUGCACAGCACAACCAUCCAGAGCAGUGUGAUUACAGUGAAGCACACAGACACCGCCCCAUAGUAAAAUACUCCCUGCACACAGUUAACCCUUUGAUCACACCUCAUGUUAACCCCUUCCUGCCCAGUGCCAUUACUACAGUGCCAGUGCUUUUUUAUUAGCACUGAUCACUGUAUUGGUGUCCCUGAGGAUGUCAGUGACAUCAAGUCAGUUCCCCCCAGUGUCAAAAUGUCCGCCGCAGUCCCGUUAUAA